AUUAGGCAGGGAGUCAAAAAUGGGCACAACACCGGAACAUUUUGUCCUUUCUCUUUUAAAGUGAACAACAGUCCUGCCGCCACAAGAUGACGCUGUAGUUCCAUUUCUGCUAAACAAGCCUGGCAAGAAUGAAUUUGCACUUUUGAGUUCUCGAGAAAUGAUACCACAUUCGACGGGACAACACCUGUUUAAAAGCUGAAAGUCAGUUAAAUGCCUCUUUGGAAAGAGUACUAGCUUCAACACAAUAACUUAUAUGCUAACUUAAGCCACUCUAGGUGCACCGAUCUCCAGAUCAUCCUGAUGGUUUGAGGUCUGGGUUCUGAUUGGACAAUUCUAGUGCAGAAAGUUUCUACGCCUUCGUUUUUGUGUCCAUCCACAAAAAAUCAAAGGGAACACAUCCAAGAAGCUCUUUUUGGUUCUUUUGGAGGUUCUUCUCCCUCUCACACUCAUAUCCCUCCAUUUUUUGGCAUCGCCUCUGAGUUAUCGCAGCCAUGUGGGAGUUCCGGUCCAUGUCUUUUUGGCGGGCUGUGUUUGCCGAGUUCUAUGGCACCAUGUUCUUUGUGUUUUUCGGGCUGGGAUCAGCCCUGCGUUGGACCACCGGACCACACAACGUGCUCCAAGUUGCCUUCUGCUUCGGUCUGGCAGCUGCCACACUCAUCCAGUCCAUCGGUCACAUCAGUGGUGGCCACAUCAACCCGGCUGUCACGUUCGCCUACCUGAUUGGCUCCCAGAUGUCCCUGUUUCGUGCGUUCUUCUACAUCUGUGCUCAGUGCUUGGGAGCUCUAGCUGGAGCCGCUGUGCUGUAUGGAGUCACGCCAAGCAAUAUGAGAGGCAAUCUUGGCCUGAACACGCUUCAGCCAGGCAUCAGUCUGGGAAUGGCCACCACUAUAGAGAUAUUCCUGACUCUGCAACUCGUGGUUGUGGUCUUCGCUGUGACGGAUGAGAGGCGAAAUGGACGACUGGGGUCUGCUGCCUUGUCCAUUGGCUUCUCAGUGCUUGUGGGCCACCUGCUGGGGAUGUAUUACACUGGAGCUGGAAUGAACCCUGCCAGGUCUUUUGCCCCUGCUGUGCUUUUUAGGAACUUUAUUAACCAUUGGGUGUACUGGGUGGGCCCUAUGAUCGGCAGUGCUAUAGGCGCUCUGCUCUACGACUUCAUGCUCUUUCCCCGGAUGCGUGGCCUGUCCGAGAGACUGGCUGUCCUCAAGGGCAACCGACCUCCCGAGGCCGAAGCCCAGCAGGAGACCCGAGGGGAGCCGAUUGAGCUCAAAACACAAGCCUUAUAAACACUGCCAGGAAACUUUGGAUCCCUGACGCGACACAUACAUACGUACGAUCAUUUCUCACACCUCAUCCUCACACACCUCAUACAUACCAACCGAGUUUGCUGUAGGGAGAAUCACACACACUUCCAAAGGCAAUCGAGACACUAUAACCCCUUCCCAAGGACUAUGAAUGAGGGUAAGAAGAGGACUUCCUGUUGAGGACUGCGCUCUGUACCGCCAGGUAUAGGGAGCGAGAUCAGGUGGCUAACGCCGCUCAGGGGCACCUCUGUCGUUUCUAGUCUACUAAGAGUGAAAUACACUAGAAGUGGACUUCUGCAUGCUUUCCAGUUUCACAGGGUUUAAAUCUCACACAUUCAUUUCAGUUUAUUUUUUCUUUGAUUUUUCAGAGAUGUGACACAUGUACUAUAUUAUUAGCAUUUUGCAACCGAUUUCUUUACAUUCUACUUACAGUCGACAUUAUUCAGUUGUGCGUGGUGUGUGUGUGUGUGUUUUCCGAGAGUUUCCAAUUUGGCUCUUCCAUUUCCACCAUUCGCCAUGUGUUUGUAUUCAUGCAAUGUUCUUUUUUCUAUCUCCCAAAAUGAAGGAAACAUUCCUUUGAAUCUUGGUUUAGGUGGAUGUUCAUUCACGACUAAAAGCUUUAUAAAUCCUUUGGGAAUUUGGAUCCCUCUUUGAGUCUGCUUCAAACUGUUGUAUUGUUUAACUGUGGCCUAAUGGCCCAGCAUGUGUUUCUUUAAAAGAAGCACAGUCACACCAUCAUUCAUAUAAAAUAAUAAACACGCAAAACACUAGUCUAUUGUUAUACCCUAACUUUUAGCUUUUACCUGAUAGAAGCACUUCAUUUUCUUCCCAUCGUGUCAUUUUCGAAAAUGUACUUUUUCACUGAUUCAUACAGUUUCAGGCAUUUUCAUUGAACUUUUUCUGCCAUAAAUCUGCAUGCAUUAGAUGUCCUGUUUAGAUUAGGCGGUUUGGCAUUAUUUUGUGUGUAAAUAGCUAAACUAGACAAAAGCAAUGAUAUUUUGUCUCAGGCAAGAGAAUAUAUGUGUAAUUUUAAACCUCACUGAUAUGAGCAGAACUGGUUCCAAACAUCAUGGAUGCAUUAUGAUACAAUGACUAUUCCUGUUUUUCAUGGUUGAAGAGGGAUUUGUGAAAGUAAUUCAGUCAACUCUUUCCCUUGGCUUAGAUUAUUGCUGAGUGACUGGGAUGUCUGGAUUUAAAUGCACAUUUAUGUUCUUGUAGCAUUUGGAUCUUCUGGAAUGAAAAGGCGAUCGCUACACCCACCCUUUGCCUCUCUGCACUCUUUCCACUUGUGUCUUCUUAUCCCAGAUCUGACUGAAGGGACACCAGAGUCACUUGAAAGAUCUUCAAACCUCA